AUGGCAGCAGCCAUAACCAAUGUGCCGCAAAACUUCGCCAUCACUAUAGCUGACCGGGAUGAUGAGAACACCCAUGACUCUGACUCCGACAAUACAGACACCUCUCAACCCAGCCCCCAUUUUGGGAAGAACUACCGCGGAAGCAGUAAAAACCAUGACCCCACUCCAGCAACCGAAAAUGAAAUGAGGAAACACGCGAGAUCACCCACUGCCACAAGACUCCAAGGCCCUUUAAAGGCCCCCCCCUGCUUCCUCCCCCCAAAAGCGAUGAGGCCCCCCCUCUCUACCCCCCAAAUUCUCAAACCCUCCUUUGCACCCACUCCUGACGUCUUUGACUUUGAGUCUGGAGGCUCGGUGGCCUUCCUAAAAAAUGUAAACCCUACCGAAUUCCCUCCAUCCCGGAGCCCAGCCAUGGAUGGGGAUGGAUCUCCCAUUGCCACUGACCACCUGACCUUCAUGCCGGUAUCUGCUGAAAAACCCGAUGAUGGAAGAGACGACCUCAACUGGCUACCCCUAGGCCCUGGCCUAGCCAACUUUUAUGUGCAUGGCCUCCGCCCAGGUCACCUCCUUGAAGGAGCGAACCCCAACCAUGCCAAAGCCUGGCUAAAAAAGGAAGGCGCCAUCCUAGUCCUACCCCUAGAUGCUGCCCACAGCGAAGAAGACACCAGUAACUUCCAGACCAACAUGGAAGCCUUCCUCAAAAGGGCAUUCCCACAUCAAGUUGGGGAAGUAAGCAUUAUCCCCCCUGUCCCCAUUGAUCUCAGACAUGGCAGAACCCCCCAAUAUGCUAAACCGUGGGGCUUCUUAAUUGAUGGCUGUCAGGGCACACCCACCUGA